CCGUUCCAGAGCAUCCCAUCGACAUACCAGGUACCUACCCGGUAGGGCCGAUAGCUAUCAGCUUUCACAGCUAUCCAGGGCUAAGACAGCUUCAUGCUUCAAAACUAGCGAGGGAACUGGAUUCAAUGAUGACCCUUCCCUUGGUCUCCACUACCGUUAGUGCUACCACCACUACUACUGAUCCCACCACCCCCGCCGUCGCUAGAAGCUUCCCUAUGGUCUCCACAACCUUCAUCCCCAGUGGCUCUGACUCCGGAACUCCCGCCCCCACUACCACCAUCCAUAACACACCACCAAUGCUGCUUCAAAUCCCCAACGAAAUCGUCAUCCUUGUCGCCAACGAGCUGUCGCUGAGCGACCGGGCAGCGUUCCUGCGCACAAACAAACACCUCAACUCGCUAUGCACCGCCGACUUCUACCGGCAAGCGCUCCGCGAAAACGGUGGCACCCGUGGGCUGCGUUACGCCGCAAUCAACGGCAAUCCCGACGUUGCCUCCGUCUUCAUCCACCGCUACAAUGUCUCACCCAAUCUGUGUUUCCGCGACGGCCCGAUGGCCGACCAAACCUGCCUGCACGGUGCGGCGUCCCGCGGUCACAUCAAGCUCAUUAAGGUGCUGCUCGAGGCAGGCGCCGACGUCCAGGUCCGGAACGACGCGGGGCGAACUCCGCUGCACUAUGCCGCCCGUGGUGGGUUCCUGGAGGUGGUGAAGCUGCUGGUCGAGCACAAUGCGAAUAUCAUGGCACGCGGUGAGACGGAGGUUACGCCACUGCAUUCCGCCGCGAAGAAGGGACAUCACCUCGUGUGCAAGUUUCUGCUCGAGCACGGCGCCGAGGUCGAUGCGAUGUGCAAGGACCCGCAGAACGAGGUCGAUGAUGGCUACACGGCGCUCCAUGGCGCGGCGGAUUUCGGACAUGCCGAGGUCGCUAAGUUGUUGCUGGAGAAUGGAGCGUCGGUUGAUGCCAAGAUUGAUCAGAGUGAAUGGACUCCGCUCGGCUGUAGUUCGGCUGAGGGUCAUGUCGAGGUCGUCAAGCAUCUGCUGAAGUGGGGAGCUGAAGUCAAUGUUGGGCCGGAGGUGCCGCUGAGGUUGGCCGUGGAUGGCAAGUGGCAUGAGGGUGUGCUGAGGCUGCUGUUAGAGGCUGGGGCAAAUGUGGAGAGGGCUCUGGAAGGAUUGUUUCAUACCGACACGGCCACUCGAUUGACCGAAUUCGCCGAGAAGUGGAAGACCGGUUCCCUGCCGAGGAGGGAUGGAGCGACCGAAGAUGAAGAUUCAGUGAUGACGGAUGCGGCAGACAAACAGCCCUCGAUGUUACCAGACGUCACUCUGACCCUGCAUACGACAGCGGCCGAUCCCAUAGUUCCAGCGGUUCCUUCUUCUUGAAAUCAUUCACCCGCCUACAUCUACAUUGACUUUUGUACAACUAUCGCAUUACGCGGAGAGACAGAGCACAUUAUUAUUCUUUUCGGUUGGCUGGCGAGUUUCUUCCUUUCCUAUGUUCUAUUUUCCAUGUAAACCUUACCUUGGCCUAUCUGAUAUUUUGAGUGCGCGGCGUACUGGCGAAUCACGGAAUGCAUGCUUGUUUGCUUAUUUGCUUGUCUUUUCGUAUUGCUUUGAGUGUGUUGAAGCGGAGAGGCGUAGAUAUAUGGGUACUUAGCUUUUUUCCGCCGGGUUGCGUAGGAUGCUUGGUACGAUUUGUGUAGCAGGGUCACCAUGGUAUAUCCCAGGCCGCGUGGCCCAAUGGCAAGGCGCUUGACUACGA